UAGGAUCAGUUCGGCUAGUUCAGUCCCAGACGGAGUAUCAAAUCGUGCGGUACUGUGCGUAUUCAGUUUGCGGGUCGAUUCGAAUGAUUGCAUCUUAGCGACGUUGACAACUGUGACAAGUGUAAGUGACAACAGUGUGACUGGAAGCCGGGCUCCACAUUGAAGACUGAGGUUAUAAACACGUUUCAGGGAAACGGUUUUUGGUGGAAGUAUACAAUUCUCUGGUGUGUGGAGCAGCACAAAGCUAGUACAUAUCAAUCGGACAACAUCUCACAAUCUAAACUGAGAAAAGUAUAGUGACAGUCGUGUUGGAGUGACCCCACCACAGAAACCAAAACAAUGUCUGAACAACUGAAGGAAGACUCAUUCCAGCCGAAUGCACGUGUGCUACCGGCCGACAACUAUACCAGCACCGACCCAGGCGUUCCGGUGAAGCUACGCAUCGCAAAGGAAGGGGUGGCGUCGUUGGAUCCGAUGUCGGUACCAGACCUGAUGAACCGCACCGUUCGGGAUUAUCCCGAUCAUCCGGCUAUGGUAUUUAGGAAUCCGCAGAAGCUUUGGCAGAAAAUCACUUACAGUGAAUACCGGGACCGGGUGCAUAAGAUGGCGAAGGUUUUCAUCAAGCUCGGUCUGGAGCCCCACCAUACGGUCGGUGUGCUGGCCUUCAAUAGUCCCGAGUGGUUUGUCUCCGAGCUGGCGGCCAUUCACGCCGGUGGUAUUAUUACCGGUGUGUAUACAACCAACUCUGCUGAAUCGGUUCGACAUGUGCUGGAGAGCUCCCGGGCCAACAUUGUGGUUGUGGACGAUGCCAAGCAGAUGGAGAAAAUUCAUUCGAUCAAGAGCCAGCUACCGCAUCUGAAGGCGGUUAUCCAGACAACCGCUCCAUACGCGCCGUACGUUAGACGAGAGGAUGGAUAUUAUAGGUGGUCUGAGCUGGAGGAAAUGAACACCGAUGGCGAGGAAGAGGAAUUCAGUGAACGUUUGGCAAACAUUGCCGUUAAUCGAUGCUGCUGUUUGGUUUACACGUCUGGGACUGUCGGCAAUCCAAAGGGCGUCAUGUUGUCUCACGAUAGCCUCACAUGGGAUUCUUACACCAUUGGCAAGCGUUUGGAUCAGAUACAGUACGGGCAGGAGGUGUUGGUCUCGUUCCUACCUUUAAGUCACGUUGCCGCUCAGAUGGUGGACAUUUUCCUGUCGAUGCAGUUCGCCUGCACGGUAUACUUCGCCGAUAAGGACGCCAUGAAGGGGACGCUGCUGAGUACCCUGCAGGAAGCGAGACCCACGAGACUGGUCGGUGUGCCACGGGUGUACGAGAAAAUUCAGGAGAAAAUGAUGGCAGUUGGGGCACAAAGUGGCACUGCCAAGAAACUUGUCGCGGGUUGGGCUAAAAGUGUCACCCUUCAGCAUCACACAAACGCCAUGGAGGGAAAACCGACCAACUCCAUUCAGUACCGGUUGGUGCGACGAUUCCUUCUUUCUAAGGUCAAGGAUGCUUUGGGGCUGAGCCGUUGUAUGACACUGGUGACAGCCGCCGCACCCAUGGAUCCAGAGACGAAAAAGUACUUCAUGAGUUUGGAUAUGCCAAUCAUGGAGGCGUUUGGAAUGUCGGAAACCUCGGGAGCUCAUUCGCUUACCGCCCCAGACAGUUACAAUUUUGCCACGAUAGGUAAAACGUUGGGAGGAUGUGAGACGAAAAUCGACAAACCGGACGAACGUGGCCAUGGCGAGAUUUGUAUGCGAGGGCGGCAUAUUCUGAUGGGAUACAUCGGGGAGAAGGAAAAAACUGCGGAAGCCAUCGACGAGGAGGGGUGGCUACAUUCCGGGGAUGUUGGGUACGUGGACGAGCAGGGAUUCGUUUACAUCACUGGAAGAAUAAAGGAACUGAUUAUCACUGCAGGCGGUGAGAACAUUCCUCCGGUGCACGUUGAGAAUCUGGUAAAAAAUGAACUGAUGCAAGUCAGCAGCGCCUUUCUCGUUGGCGAUAAGCGGAAAUUCCUGACGAUGCUCGUUUCGCUCAAAACGGUGGUGGACCUGAGCUCUGGCGAGCCGAAAGAUGAGCUGGCGCCGGAGACAAUCGUGUGGCUGAAGGGGCUCGGUGUGGAGUACACUAAGCUGAGCCAGAUCCAUGCGGCUGGUCCCUGUCCGAAGGUUCUGCAAGCCAUACAGGAGGGUAUCGAUCGUGCCAACAAGAAAGCUAUUUCCAACGCACAAAAGAUACAGAAGUUUGCGCUUCUUCCAGUGGACUUUUCCGUGCCUGGCGGUGAGCUCGGACCAACACUCAAAGUGAAACGCAAUGUUGUGGCGGCAAAGUAUAAGGACAUCAUCGAAAAGUUCUACGCUUAACAACUCUCCGGCAGUCAUCUCGUGAUAGAUACCAAUAAAUGACAACGCUGCGCCACCGGUACUGAGAAGUUUUUCCUGUUUUUCCGUUGAUUUUACGUAGCGAUUGCGCUUCUGGUUACCACCUGCUACUCAGCCAACCUAAAUAACAUACGAUGGGCGCGUGAUUAAAUGCAGACUUAGAUACAUUGAAUCCUUUGUUUAUUUGUUGUGUAAAUCUAAAAUGUUGAUUUAGUGCUAGAUUUUAAGUGUAGUUAGUAGGGAGAAUUUCUGUACUUGAGAAAAGCCAGGACCGGGAUAUAUAAUUUGUACCUCAUUAGUGUUAUAUUGCUGUUAUUCGUUGCCUUCGGCGGAAGGAUAAAAUCGAAACAAAGCACUCUAUCGAGCGUUAGGUUAGAUGUUAAUUGAAUAAAAUCAAUUUUCCUAUAA